AUGGCGACCAACAACUCCCAAAGCCCGAGCGGGCAAACGAUCUUCAAAACAUUCCACGACUCCAGUUUCUUUCGGGAAAGCCGAGCACCUGCCCUGCCCUCACCAGCCGAAAUUAGACGCUUGAACGAAGCAGCCGGCGAUUUUCGAGCCUUUUACCGGGACCGCACAAAUCCUGUGAUUAUCCCUGAACUAGGCCUGGUGGUCAAAUAUGGAACAGAAGUUACUCUUAGUGAGCUCGAAGCUCAGUUAUUGGUAAGAGAAAAACUGGGAGACAAGGUACCAGUCCCAGAAGUUUUUGCCUGGGCGGAAGAUGAUGAACAGGGGUUCAUCUACAUGGCCUUGAUUGAAGGCGACACCCUGCAGAGCCGUUUCAAGGAUAUGAACGAGGAGGAGAGGGUUGGAGUCUGUGCCGAAUUGAGAUUGAUGACGGAAGCGUGGAGAGGGCUGUCACAGGAUGCCUCAGAACCAUAUGUUGGCAGUGUAGGAAAGCGUCCCGUCCUGGACUACUAUGCCACAACCAGACGGGGCGCUGUUGGGCCUUAUGAUGGUCCAGAUGCAGUCCGCGAUUUUCACGCCAGAUGCAACAUCGGUAUUGAGGAACGUUUCCAUAUCUGCUUUACUCACAAUGACCUUUGUCCACCAAACAUCCUCAUCUCAAAGGGGCCUUAUCCCAAGGUAGUAGGAAUCAUCGACUAUGGCCAGGCGGGAUGGUAUCCCUCGUAUUGGGAGUACAUGAAAGCAACGAGGGUAGGGCAUCUGCAGGAAUUCUUUGGUACAGAGCUUUACGCUGAGUGGGUUGCAAAGUACUUGCCGAUGUUCCUGGAUCCAGUGGCGGACAAUAUAUCUCAGGCAUGGGGGUUGUUUUACAUACGAAGUAUUUAA